AUGAAGUUCACAGUCGCCUUCGCCCUCUGCGCUAUCGCUGUCCUGCAGACGGUUUCGGCCGCCCCUGCUAUUGACAAGCGCACAGGUGAUCUGAAGAAGCGCACAGGUGGUGAGGCGUACAUUACACCCCCGGAUCUCAAGAAGCGCACGGGUGGUGAGGCGUACAUCACACCCCCGGAUCUCAAGAAGCGCACGGGUGGUGAGGCGUACAUUACACCCCCGGAUCUCAAGAAGCGCACGGGUGGUGAGGCGUACAUCACACCCCCGGCGCACGGGCGGCGAGGUCUACACGACGCCGCAUAUCGAUGGUAA